AUGUCUGUCCAAGCAUCUUCUACACCUUCAGAGAGGCAGCAGCAGCAGAGCAGGAAGCAGCAACAGCAUUCCCAAUCUCUAAAGCAGCAGAGCAGGGAGCAGCAACAGCAUUCCCAAUCUCUAAAGCAGCAGAGCAGGAAGCAGCAACAGCUUUCCCAAUCUCGAAAACAGCAGAGCAGGAAGCAGCAACAGCAUUCCCAAUCUCUAAAGCAGCAGAGCAGGAAGCAGCAACAGCUUUCCCAAUCUCGAAAGCAGCAGAGCAGGGAGCAGCAACAGCUUUCCCAGUCUCUAAAACAGCAGAGCAGGGAGCAGCAACAGCAUUCCCAGUCUCUAAAGCAGCAGAGCAGGGAGCAGCAACAGCAUUCCCAAUCUCGAAAACAGCAGAGCAGGGAGCAGCAACAGCAUUCCCAGUCUCUAAAACAGCAGAGCAGGGAGCAGCAACAGCAUUCCCAGUCUCUAAAACAGCAGAGCAGGGAGCAGCAACAGCAUUCCCAGUCUCUAAAGCAGCAGAGCAGGGAGCAGCAACAGCAUUCCCAGUCUCUAAAGCAGCAGAGCAGGGAGCAGCAACAGCAUUCCCAGUCUCUAAAACAGCAGAGCAGGGAGCAGCAACAGCAUUCCCAGUCUCUAAAGCAGCAGAGCAGGGAGCAGCAACAGCAUUCCCAGUCUCUAAAACAGCAGAGCAGGGAGCAGCAACAGCAUUCCCAGUCUCUAAAGCAGCAGAGCAGGGAGCAGCAACAGCAUUCCCAGUCUCUAAAGCAGCAGAGCAGGGAGCAGCAACAGCAUUCCCAGUCUCUAAAGCAGCAGAGCAGGGAGCAGCAACAGCAUUCCCAGUCUCUAAAGCAGCAGAGCAGGGAGCAGCAACAGCAUUCCCAAUCUCUAAAACAGCAGAGCAGGGAGCAGCAACAGCAUUCCCAGUCUCUAAAACAGCAGAGCAGGGAGCAGCAACAGCAUUCCCAGUCUCUAAAGCAGCAGAGCAGGGAGCAGCAACAGCAUUCCCAGUCUCUAAAACAGCAGAGCAGGGAGCAGCAACAGCAUUCCCAGUCUCUAAAGCAGCAGAGCAGGGAGCAGCAACAGCAUUCCCAGUCUCUAAAGCAGCAGAGCAGGGAGCAGCAACAGCAUUCCCAGUCUCUAAAGCAGCAGAGCAGGGAGCAGCAACAGCAUUCCCAGUCUCUAAAACAGCAGAGCAGGGAGCAGCAACAGCAUUCCCAGUCUCUAAAACAGCAGAGCAGGGAGCAGCAACAGCAUUCCCAGUCUCUAAAACAGCAGAGCAGGGAGCAGCAACAGCAUUCCCAGUCUCUAAAGCAACAGAGCAGGGAGCAGCAACAGCAUUCCCAAUCUCUAAAACAGCAGAGCAGGGAGCAGCAACAGCAUUCCCAGUCUCUAAAACAGCAGAGCAGGGAGCAGCAACAGCAUUCCCAGUCUCUAAAGCAGCAGAGCAGGGAGCAGCAACAGCAUUCCCAGUCUCUAAAACAGCAGAGCAGGGAGCAGCAACAGCAUUCCCAGUCUCUAAAGCAGCAGAGCAGGGAGCAGCAACAGCAUUCCCAGUCUCUAAAACAGCAGAGCAGGGAGCAGCAACAGCAUUCCCAGUCUCUAAAGCAGCAGAGCAGGGAGCAGCAACAGCAUUCCCAGUCUCUAAAGCAGCAGAGCAGGGAGCAGCAACAGCAUUCCCAGUCUCUAAAGCAGCAGAGCAGGGAGCAGCAACAGCAUUCCCAGUCUCUAAAGCAGCAGAGCAGGGAGCAGCAACAGCAUUCCCAAUCUCUAAAACAGCAGAGCAGGGAGCAGCAACAGCAUUCCCAGUCUCUAAAACAGCAGAGCAGGGAGCAGCAACAGCAUUCCCAGUCUCUAAAGCAGCAGAGCAGGGAGCAGCAACAGCAUUCCCAGUCUCUAAAACAGCAGAGCAGGGAGCAGCAACAGCAUUCCCAGUCUCUAAAGCAGCAGAGCAGGGAGCAGCAACAGCAUUCCCAGUCUCUAAAGCAGCAGAGCAGGGAGCAGCAACAGCAUUCCCAGUCUCUAAAGCAGCAGAGCAGGGAGCAGCAACAGCAUUCCCAGUCUCUAAAACAGCAGAGCAGGGAGCAGCAACAGCAUUCCCAGUCUCUAAAACAGCAGAGCAGGGAGCAGCAACAGCAUUCCCAGUCUCUAAAACAGCAGAGCAGGGAGCAGCAACAGCAUUCCCAGUCUCUAAAACAGCAGAGCAGGGAGCAGCAACAGCAUUCCCAGUCUCUAAAGCAACAGAGCAGGGAGCAGCAACAGCAUUCCCAGUCUCUAAAACAGCAGAGCAGGGAGCAGCAACAGCAUUCCCAGUCUCUAAAACAGCAGAGCAGGGAGCAGCAACAGCAUUCCCAGUCUCUAAAACAGCAGAGCAGGGAGCAGCAACAGCAUUCCCAGUCUCUAAAACAGCAGAGCAGGGAGCAGCAACAGCAUUCCCAGUCUCUAAAACAGCAGAGCAGGGAGCAGCAACAGCAUUUCCAGUCUCUAAAGCAACAGAGCAGGGAGCAGCAACAGCAUUCCCAGUCUCUAAAGCAGCAGAGCAGGGAGCAGCAACAGCAUUCCCAGUCUCUAAAACAGCAGAGCAGGGAGCAGCAACAGCAUUCCCAGUCUCUAAAACAGCAGAGCAGGGAGCAGCAACAGCAUUCCCAGUCUCUAAAACAGCAGAGCAGGGAGCAGCAACAGCAUUCCCAGUCUCUAAAGCAACAGAGCAGGGAGCAGCAACAGCAUUCCCAGUCUCUAAAGCAGCAGAGCAGGGAGCAGCAACAGCAUUCCCAGUCUCUAAAGCAGCAGAGCAGGGAGCAGCAACAGCAUUCCACAGAGCAGGGAGCAGCAACAGCAUUCCCAGUCUCUAAAGCAGCAGAGCAGGGAGCAGCAACAGCAUUCCAGUCUCUAAAGCAGCAGAGCAGGGAGCAGCAACAGCAUUCCCAGUCUCUAAAGCAGCAGAGCAGGCAGCAGCAACAGCAUUCCCAGUCUCUAAAGCAGCAGAGCAGGGAGCAGCAACAGCAUUCCCAGUCUCUAAAACAGCAGAGCAGGGAGCAGCAACAGCAUUCCCAGUCUCUUAAACAGCAGAGCAGGGAGCAGCAACAGCAUUCCCAGUCUCUAAAACAGCAGAGCAGGGAGCAGCAACAGCAUUCCAGUCUCUAA